AUGCCUCGCUCAAUUCCAUCCCGAAAGAUUGGCGGUCCGCGAACGCAAACACGGUCGAAGUGUAGUCGCUGCCACAAUCUGGACCCUCGCGAGCAUGCGAACACUUUGUAUCCCAAAGACAAUUCAGCGAACAAGAACUAUGCAGUUUUAAAUCUGGUCAUAGAUGCACUUGGAUUGUCUAAAGCAGCAACUCCUCCGUAUACUGGGUCUGGAUGCAGGUUCUGUAAAGUACUGGCUCAGGCACUGGAUGCGUUUUCCAAAGUUUGGCGAGACUUUCGCGGGCGGAUCCUCGUUGAGAUCAAAGAGAAGGGAACGAUUAAGGUUGUGCUAGACAAAGAAGAGUGGAAGCAUGAGAGUAUUGAAAUUUACGCGAUCUCAGAGGCACGGUCACCUUGGCCCAUGUUGGGAGCCGCCCGCCGUAUCCCUAUCGACUCUGGAUCGGACGAAACCUUCGACUUUGCUCGUCGUUGUAUCCAAGAUUGCUUGACAAACCCAAAGCACGAGGCCUGUAGGAGAACGUCCACCUCGACGGUUCUAGGCCCGAAGCGUCUGAUAGAUGUUGGUCGAGUUGGGCGACCCAUUCGUCUGAUCGACACUCAUGAAAAGAAAGCCCAAUAUGCAGCACUGUCCCAUUGUUGGGGCAAAGGACCAACCCUGACCGCAACCAAAUCCAACUGGCAAAAGCUGUCCUCCAAUAUACCCUUUGAUGCACUACCUUCCUUGUUCCAGGACGCAAUUAUUAUCACACGCCAACUUGGUCUUCGCUACCUCUGGAUCGACUCUUUAUGCAUCAUACAAGAUUCCGUCAGAGAUUGGGAAACGGAGUCGACUAAAAUGGGUUCGAUCUAUGAGAAUGGCCACAUCACCAUAUCGGCGACCAGUUCUGGCGAUGGCAGCGCCCACUGCUUGCAAGAAAGACGGAAACCAGUCAAGAUCAGCUAUGAAAAUACGAAAGGAAAAGAGCACAUCAUGGGUGCAAGGCUGGUUCUUGAGCACCAUCCUAACUUGGAAGAGUGUGAGCCCGCAAAACCCUUUGGGCCCCUGACUAAACGUGCGUGGACUCUUCAGGAACACGUCCUCAGCACUCGCGUUUUGCACUACACCCCAACAGAGUUGCUCUUCGAAUGCAAAACUUCGUACCGAUGUGAAUGCCUUCCCGCACGCAAGAAUUAUCCUACCACGCCAGCAUUGAUCCCUAAAGCUUUGUCAUCCUUGAAGACAAAUAAAAAACACGAUGGGAUUUGGGAUGUGUGGCAAAGGAUUCUUGAAACAUAUUCGCACCGCAAUCUCACCGUAGCCAGCGAUAAACUACCCGCUAUAUCCGGCAUCGCGAAAACAAUUCAAAAAGCUACUGGUUCUUCGUACUUGGGUGGUCUUUGGGCUGAUCACCUCGCAUCAGACUUACUAUGGAACAGUAUGUUGCCGAGAACGGGGGAAGGGACCUCCUACGCUUUGGAGAGCUAUCGGGCCCCAACAUUUUCAUGGGCUAGUGUGGACGCACCCAUAACAUACUACGCCCCAGACGACGAUGAACGCUUGCACUUCAAGUCCUUGCUGAAGAUCAUUACCACGACGAUCAGUCCUGCUGGUCUGAACCCCCUUGGUACAGUCUCUGCUGGAUCGAUCAGAAUACUUGGGCCCUGCAUCACUGCUACUCUUGCUUCCGAACAUGGAGCGGAGGGUAACUGCACUUAUACCUUGUUAAUAAAAGGAACGAGCGCGAUGCAGAUGUUGCCCGAUUCUUUCCUGGUGGAGAGGGAAAUUUGCACGGCGGCGGGUGAGACGCAGAAGACUGUACGAAGAGCACGAUCGGGUGACGAACUUGUCAACUUCAAAACACCAGUCCUUUGUUUGGGGGUUGGGUUAUACGAUCACUGGAUAGGGGGUCUCGUACUUGGUAUAUCGAGCCGGGACCCGGAAGCGUGGGAACGACUUGGCACUUUUUCUGCGGGGACAGAAGUGUUUGCAAGCGCUGAGAAGCAGGAGUUGACGAUGGUUUGA